AUGGCGAGCAAAAGCAACUCAGGAAAAGAUGUUGUUGAUGCAGAAGAAGCUGCUCUGCUAGCAGCGACCAAGGGCUUCGACCAUCUCUUCUCAAACCGACUCGCGGACGCGCGUGAACAGUUUGCGUCGGAUGAUUCGCCGUAUCAUUUACUUGGACAGGGAGUUUGCGCGUUCAUGCAAGCUGCGCUGGGUAUGGAGACAAAUCUGAUGGGCGAGGCUGCGCGGUGUCUGAGCGAGUCGGAAGCGGGUGCGAAGAAGGGUAGCAGGACGAAUAAGUCUGCAAAUGGCGGAAAGAGCUCGUUCCCUCCUGGAAUUGAGUUUGAGAUCUUGCAAGCGGACGUGAUUGUACUGCAGGGUCUUGUUCACGCAUUGAGUGAAUCAUAUAUGGGAUAUCUUCAAUGCCUUUACGCACUGAACAACGCACAUUCGAGGUUCACGAAGCUAUAUAAGACCGUUUUUCCGACUGGAAUUGACUCAUACAUCACGCCUGCAACUACCCCCAUUCCUUCUCGGAGCCCCUCAACGCAUUCCCUGGCCUCGGCGGGCUCCGUGCGUUCUACAACGGAAACUGUCACUGCUUCAUCUGUGUCGUCUAAAGGAAGUUCGUUCUUGGGUCGGUGGGGUCUUUCCGCGUCGAAUGCCUCCAAAGGUCCUCCACAGUCGGUGCUCGAACCGGAAGGCCCAGUGGAAGAACUAAUUGUAUCCGGCGCAGCUUUCGGUUAUGGACUUUUCAAUCUCGUAUUCUCUCUCCUUCCCGCAAAAGUCAAAACUGUAGUUGGAUUAUUUGGCUUCCAACAUGAUCGACGAUUGGCUUUGCAGGCGUUAGCUGUCUCUGCAGCAAGGAAGGACGUUCAUGCAGUCUUCUCCGGGUUGACUCUUAUGACGUAUCAUGGAGUUGUGCUUCUCAUGUCUGGAUACCAGGCGGACGAGGCACAUAUCGUGAAACAGUAUAAAGCAAUUGUUGAUAGUGCGAUAUCACGCUAUCCAGAUGGUGCUUUAUGGAUCUUAAACCGAGCGAAGAUUCUUCGUAUGACAUACGAUCCGGAAGGUGCGAUAGCUGUUUUACAGGAUGGCUUACGACCUGAGCGACCAGGCCACUUCCAGCAGGCCGAUGCACUUCUUGUUUUCGAACUCGCAUGGACGCUGUUAUCUCAGCGACGAUACCAAGAAGCCGCAGACAUGUUUAUGCGCAUGACGGAGGUUAAUACUUGGAGUCAUGCUAUGUAUUACAUGCUUGUGGGCGGUACAAUCGUCAUUAUCAAUAGUGCUUGGACUAUGACUAAUUUGUUCCUUGUAGGAUGUUAUGUAUCCCUGGGCGACCGCGUCAAAGCGAAGGAACUCUUUGACAAGAUCCCUUCGUUCCUGGAUAAGCGAAAGAUUGGUGGUAAGGAGAUCCCAAUGGAGACGGUGAUCAGGAAGAAACUUGCCUUCUACAAAGCCAAGGCGAAGAGGAAUGGGUCGGACGAGUCUGCUUAUGUUGACUUCAUGAAGAUCAGCCCUACAGAAGAGCUGGCAAUAAUCUGGAACACGCACCAACGCAUAACGAAAGAAAUUGCAGUCGAACAUAUCAAAGUGCUCACUUCACUAUCACCUCCCGUAGCUAUCACAACGAGUUCCUACGUCAUCCCACCCGAUGCCGAUGCCGAGAAGAAAACUACAAAGGACCUCGAUACCCCUGACGAGCUUGCGAUACGCUCAUUCAUCCUCGGGAUAGUCCACCGCACACUAGAAGACUUUGCAUCUUCACGGGCUUUCCUCACAGAAGCGUAUUCCCACCAAUCAGAGAUUAUUGAUAGUAAAUGGGUCGGCGGAGUGGCGCUAUUCGAGCUCGCGGUUUUAGACCUCAAGGAGCUUGAAUUUCGUGAGAAGACGAAGCCCGAAUUAGAUGCGAACGAACUCAAGUCGGAAUGGGCGAAGGUGUUGAAGACGGCUAGCGAGAAAAUAGAGAAGGCGAUGUCUAUCUCUGGAAGUACUGUGGAUUUGUCAUCUAGGUUGGAUGGUCGGGUGAAUAUGUUGCGCGAUGAGAUUGGGAUCAAGAGGGAGAUGCUUGGACUUUAA